UUCCUCCUCUUCUCUGCAAUCGAAUCUUCCUGCACUACCCAACAUUAGGUUCAAGGAUGUGAAAAGAACAGAGUUUCUUAGGAAGAAAAUUCUUACUUGGGUUUUGAUGAAUCUUGAUUGAAGAGAGAAAUGGGUUGUCUUGUGAAGUGCAUUUUCAUGAUUGUUAUCUUCAUUUCGAUGCCUUUUUCAUCGCAGAACUCCCACAUUUUGAUUGCUAACUCACUGUUGAAUACAGCAGAGAGCUUUGAUGUUAAAGAGCUAGAGAGAGUUUCAGGGGAAGAUGAGAGUGGAGGAAAUGAACCCUUCAUUCUGGAGAGAGUCAGAGCUUUGCUUGGACUCAAGAGCUCACAAGUGGGAAAUCAAAGCCCAUCAGAUCUUUCGCCUUCACCGACGCCGUCGCCAUCUUCAUCACCAACCGCCAUUGCUCCUUCUCCUGUUCCUAUGGCAGCUCAUCGAGUGCACAUUCAUGAGCACUCCCACCCUCAUCAGCUUCGCUUGCAUAAGAGCCGACCAGUAUACAAACGAAAAAGAAAAGAAGAUCCAAGAGAAGGAAGAGUCAGAAAGAUUCUUGUUGCAGUUUUUGUGUCUGCAGGAGUCACCAUUUUGAUAUGCUCUAUUAUUGCCUUUUGGGUCUGCAAGAAGUUCAAAAGUCAGAGAGAUGAAUCCAUGGAGAAGCUUUCUGUUAAGAGUGAAAGAGAAGAGAAGACAGCAAGACCAAAAUCUGGCCUUGAUCUGUUCGAUCUCGGUAUGCUUGGAAUGGAUGUUGAAGAACAGACCCAUACUUCUGUAAGUGAAAAGGAGUUAUCUGUUCAUAAAGAGGGGGAAAGGAACCAAGAGACGUUGGAUUCAGAAUCUGAUAAUGUAAGUGUUUCUUCAACCAAGGAAAGGAUGUAUGUUCAUGAAGAAGAUGAUAGUAAAUCAAUACAAUGCGUAUCUGAUGGAACUCAUUCUUCAUCUGGGGAUAGAGUUACUCCUGUUAAAUGUUGUUCGUCUGAUGAUGAAGAAUCAUUCCAUUCUUGUGGUGAUUCCAAUUUGUCAAAUCUUCGCCUUUCGAAUGCUUCAGAAUCUUCUUCUGCUAAUGUGAUAACAAAUUCUACUUGUUCAGUGCCAACUGAGAAAUUAGGAAGUAAAUUAGAAACACAAUGUGAUGAAUCUAACAAACUAUUAACUUCUGACCGGUCGCAUCUUACUCUUUCUCCUUGUAAUUCAGAACCCAAAAUGCAGAUGGUUCCCCAGUCUAUAGGUUUCCAAAAGAAUGUCCCAUCUUUAUCUCCACCUCCUCCUCCACCACCACCGCCACCACCGCCGCCACCUCCUCUGGUCACUGAUCGCAGUUCAUUUUCCUUCUCUUCACCCUUUUCAACUGGAUCUACUUCCUCUUCUGCACUGUUAAGAUCCUCAUCUCCUGCAAUGUCAGAUUCUUCUUCAUUAUCUCAAAUACCAUGGAAUGAUCUGCAAUCACCUCAAACUGCUGCUAAACCUUCAUUACCGUCAUCUGCUAUUCCUCCUCCCCCAUCUCCACCACCAAGUUUAAAAACAAACGCUUACUCUUUCAAAACUCCACCUCCUCCUCCUUCCAAGCUCCCUCAAUUCAUGGCAUUUGGAAAAGAGGGAAAUUUGCGGCCGAAACUUAAGCCUCUCCAUUGGGACAAAGUAAGAGCUGCACCUGAUCAAUCAAUGGUGUGGGAUAAGCUAAGAUGGAGUUCAUUUGAGCUAGAUGAAGAAAUGAUUGAGUCACUAUUUGGCUACAACCAACAUGAUUCAAUGAAGAAUGGUGAUGCUAGCAACAAAAGCCCUUCUCCAAGCAAACAUAUACUAGAGGCUAAAAGACUUCAGAACCUAACCAUUCUCUUAAAAGCCCUGAAUCUCUCUACAGAACAAGUUUGUGAAGCCAUAGAACAAGGGAGUGGGUUGCGUUUGAGACAACUUGAAGCACUGGUGAAGAUGGUACCAACCCAAGAAGAAGAAGCCAAAUUGUUAAGCUAUGAAGGAGACAUCGGUGAAUUGGGUUGUACAGAGAAGUUUGUCAUAGCAAUUUUGAGAAUACCAUUUGCCUUCCAACGAGUAGAAGCCAUGCUUUACAGAGAAACUUUUGAAGAUGAAGUGAAUCAUCUCCGGAAUUCAUUUUCCAUACUAGAGGAGGCUUGCAAGGAACUAAGAUCCAGUAGACUCUUCCUAAAACUACUAGAAGCCGUACUAAAAACAGGAAACCGAAUGAACGUUGGAACAAGCCGAGGAGGCGCAAGAGCAUUCAAACUAGACGCACUCCUAAAACUUUCCGACGUCAAAGGAACCGACGGCAAAACAUCCCUACUCCACUUCGUGGUACAAGAAAUAAUCCGAUCAGAAGGAAUCAGAGUAUCAGGCAGCAUAAUGGGGAAAAUCAACCAAAAAAACAAAUCAAGAACAGUGGAAGAAAGGGAAAACGAUUACCGACGAAUGGGAUUAGAACUGGUGUCGGGGCUGAGCACGGAACUGCAGAAUGUGAAGCGAGCAGCGACAAUCGACCUGAAAGUAGUCGGGAGCUCAAGAGGGAAUCUGAAUGAGGGAAUGGGGAUAAUGGAGAAACUGGUGGGGAAGGAGUUGAGUGUGGAUGAAAGGAGUGGGAAUUUUGUGGAAGCCAUGAAAGGGUUUGUGAGCUAUGUGAAGAAGAGGAUGGAGGAAGUGAGGAAGGAUGAAGAAAGGGUAAUGUCGAGUGUGAGAGAAAUUACAGAGUACUUCCAUGGAAAUGUAAGCAAAGAAGAGACGAAUCCGCUGAGGAUUUUUGUGAUUGUGAGAGAUUUUCUUGGAAUGUUGGACAAUGUUUGUAAGAGCUUCAAGAUUGGAAGUUGAAACAAUCUUGGCGCCCAAAUUCAAAAUUUUUAAUUACUUUUUUUUUCUUUUUUGUAAAUUGAUAACUUGGCGUUUUUAUUCAUUUAUUAUUAUUUUUCUUCAGAGGGGA